UGAUCACAUGGUAGGAUAUGCGCAUGCGCGAGAGGGAGAUUUUUGAUGGAGAGAAGAUGCCCACUGCCAUCGUCCCUGUGUAGCGCAGGAGAGCUACAACCCGGUCCUGUUUGCCGCAGAUACCACACACUCUGUUGUCUCUCAGCACAGCUGCAUGUUGUGGUCUGACACAAGAAGCUCGAUGUCUGUGGCAAAUGCGAAACACACUGUCCUGAAUCCGGUGAUCCCAUACACAGGGCCCAUACCUGGAGGCCUGCACCCUGGGGAGAUCAUCAUCAUCCAGGGCACUGUGCCCCCAGAUGCUGACAGGUUUCAGAUCGACCUGUCGAGCGGCUGCAGCACUAAGCCACGCUCUGAUGUCGCCCUCCACUUCAGCCCUCGCUUCAAAGGCUCGCCCUGCGUGGUGUGUAACUCCCUGCUGCACGAGAGCUGGGGCAAAGAGGAGACGCUUCACCAGCUGCCCUACAAACGCGGAGCCCCCUUCGAGACCAUCAUCCUGGUGCAUGAGGACGUCUUUAAGGUGGCAGUAAAUGGUACUCACCUGCUGGGAUACAAGCACAGAAUUCCACUAAACAGGGUUGACACAUUUUCUAUUUCUGGGAAAGUCAGGGUGCACGCUAUUGGCUACAUCCCAAACUCAGCAAUAUAUUCCGAAUCAGGUGACUUGAGCCUCCCUUACAAAGGCAGUAUACUCAAAGGACUGAGCCCUGGACAGCACAUCACAAUCAAAGGACAAGUCAGCAUGUAUCCUCACAGUUUCACAGUAAACCUCUGCAACAGCAGGACGGAGAACAUCGCUCUCCAUCUGAACCCCCGCAUGAAGUCCGGCGUGUUCAUCAGGAACUCAUACCUGAGUGAAUCCUGGGGUCAGGAGGAGCGUGAGCUGCCCUUCUUUCCCUUCUCGUCAGGGGAGUACUUUGAGAUUCUCAUUCUCUGUCAGCCCCAUCAGUUCAAGCUGGCGGUGAACGGCUCACACUUGUUUGAGUUCAGACAUCGGGUGCAGGAUCUGAGCAGCAUCAACCAACUGGAGAUCAUGGGAGACCUGGAGCUCACUGAUGUUAAACUGUGGUGACUCUGGACUCUAGACUUAAAGAGAAACCAGUGUUACAUACACGCAUUGUAUCAGUGCUAAAUUAGCUUAGCCACAAUGACCCAGAAGAUGGAUGCUAAGAACGUCAAAACCCUGUGCUGACUUCAGGUUUGAAUUUCAGGUCAAGUUAGUCUUAACAGCAACUGGAGGUCACUGAUCUUAAGCUAGUCUAGCAUUUUGGGUGGCCAGGGACCAUUAACAGGUUCUACCAUAGACUAAAUGAUCCAUCUCUCCAGCCCCCGACUUGAGGAUUGAUGCAUGAGAGUUAGCUGUGGUGGAGCAUCAGGCCGUGAGCCACCAUGGCUGUUUACAGCUAAGUUAGGUUUGCCUUGGUUCAUUUCUUACACCGUCUCUAGUGCAUCUCUGCUGUGGUACGCCGUUACUGCGCUGUAGAAUUAAAACAGGAAAUAUAUGUAAAUGUUAAUAAGCACUUAAAUACUGGCUUUGUUUAAAUGUCAAGACAGUUGGAAAAUAUAAUGAAUGAAUGAAUGAAUGAAACUGAAGGGCUCCAUUUUUAUUUGGAGCAAAGCCCAAUAAAGACUGAUUUACUGUACAGCUAAUUUCAAGAACUUUUCAUAAUUACCACAUCAUUUGUAGUGGUUAUACUCUACUUUCCUUUGGGGGUGGGGAUGUUAAAAAAAAUAACAUAUGGUUCAGUUAUCAUUCUCAUCUGCAGUUUUUAAGAAAUAAAACUUAACUACCUGCCCAGUUACUUAUUUUUUAAAUCAGGUUCACAGUCCUCAGGAUUCUUUAACACGACAACAUCCCGCACACUUAAAAUGAAUUUAUCAUGUAAUGGUGCAGCAGAACUCAAGCACAGUGCAGAACAGGGUUAGUUUAAAACAAAACUAUUUAAAAAACCUAACAAAUGCCAUUUUGCGAUCUUUAUGCAAGCUAUAGAGUAUACUAGAGUCCUGCAUCUAUGACCACCUCUUGUCUCACUGUUCUCCCACUCCUGCUUCAAAAUGAGAAAUAUAUUUCUUUCCCAAUGUUAUUGGGAGUUUACUUUUUUCUGCAUUGUCUGUUGUAACUGUUGUAAAUUAUGUAUGAAAAAUCUUCCCUAUGUAUCAUAAAAGAUUUAAUAAAUAAAUGUGUUACUCUUA